AAAAAUAAACAAAACUUUCCCCUGGUUUGGUGGGUGGUGCGAAAACGAGCGCUUUUUCAUUUUGUCUCCCUGCUCGCUGCAUCGUUGUGGAUUUUCUUCCUGCAAAUCCUUACCUGGAUCUGUAAGUUAUUUUGCUUCUGUUAUUAUCACACUUAUCGAUUAUCUUCUCAUACGAAAUCAAAUGCAUUAGAUUCUAAGUGCAAUUUUGCUAUCUAUCUUUUGACCGUUCUCAUGUUAAGUUAUGCUGCUGCAACUUCUAAGAGAUCUCAUAAACCCUAGAUCUUGCUCUCCUCGCGCUUGUAUUUCUUUGAUUUAGGGUUUUGAUUUUUGGAUCUCGAGGUUUUGGUUUAAUUGCAGCUCCAAUUUUGAGGUGUUGGAGGAGGAGAGCUGUAAAUUGAGGAAAAUUUGAGGGUAUUUAGGUAUUCUUUUACCCAGUAGAUCGAAAGGGUUAGGAAGAAGGCUGUUAUAUUAGAUGGCUUCGAAUCCUCCAUUUCAUGUGAUGGAGGAUCAGACGGAUGAGGAUUUCUUUGAUAAAUUAGUGGACGAUGAUUUUGGGCCUACUGAUCCCGUUUCGGUCCCCAAGUUAACUGAGGGCAGCGAUUCAGAUGAGGCCAGAGCCUUUGCUAAUCUGAGUAUUGAUGAUACCACUGGUGAAGGCGAAGGUGGAGUUGAGGGGAAAGGUGAUAAUGAUUCAGUGCAUGCCAACCCUGUGUUAUCUGGUGUACAUGCAGAAGAAAGCAACACGUUGAGUUCAUCGAAUUCAUUGGGGUCCAAUAGCAUAAUUGAGUCAAAUAAUGAUGCGACUGCAUCAGAGGUUGUACCUGAUUCAAUAGCAAGUCAAUCUAGUGGAUCUACGAAAUCAGGAAUUAAGGAGGUGGGGUGGAGUUCAUUUUAUGCUGAUUCCGUUCCUAAUGGCAAUCAUGGAUUUGGUUCGUAUUCAGAUUUUUUUAAUGAAUUGGGAGGUAGUUCAGAGGAUUUUCCGGGAAAAGUUGAUGAAAGUGCUAAUUUAGAAAAUAAAGCUAGUGAUGGAUUGCAUAAUUCAGUCAUCUAUGAGCCACAUCAAGACCUUACACAAAGUUAUGAAGGAUCCUUUCAAGAGAAUGUCAAUGGGCAGGAUUUGAAUAGCAGUCAGUACUGGGAAAGCAUGUACCCUGGUUGGAAAUAUGAUGCCAGCACUGGACAGUGGUACCAAGCUAGUGAUGGUUACGAUGCAAAUUCAAAUGUGCAAGUAAGUUCUAACGCUAAUGCAGAGAAUGAAUGGGCCUCAGUUUCUGAUGGGAAAACAGAGCUGAAUUAUUUGCAGCAGACAUCAAAAUCUGUGGUGGGAACUGUAGCUGAGACGAGCACGUCUGAGACUGUCUCCACUUGGAAUCAGGUUUCACAGGAGACUAAUAAUGGUUACCCAGAACAUAUGCUUUUUGACCCACAAUAUCCUGGUUGGUAUUAUGACACUAUUGUGCAAGAAUGGCGCACCCUGGAAAGCUACACAUCAUCUGUUCAAUCAACAAGUGUUCAAAAUCAUGAUAUGCAGAAACAAGAUGAAUUUGCUUUGGUUGAUUCAUAUUCACAAAAUAAUAGCAGUACUUAUGGUGGAUAUCAGCAAGGUGACAAGUAUGGUUCACAAGGCUACAAUAACCAAGGUCCGCAUGGUAGCUGGGGUGAGUCUUAUGGUGGUUACAAUCAGCAAGGUUUUAAUAUGUGGCAACCUGACACUGUUGCUAAGACUGAUACUGUUUCAAAUUUUGAUGGAAACCAGCAAUUACAUAAUUCUUAUAAUUCAAAUGCAUCUAUGAACAAUCACGUGGAGCCACACAAAUCUGUUAAUUCUUUGGGGACAGCCUUGUCGUAUGACAAUAUGAGUCAGAGUCAUGUUGAGGCCAAUGGGUUUAUUGGGUCACAAAGUUUUAUGCCUAGUGGGAACUUCACUCAGCAAUUGAAUCAGGGAAAUCUGAAGUUGAAUGAACAAAUGAACAUUUCAAAUGAUUACUAUAGCAAUCAGAAAGCAGUACAUGUUGCCCAGCAAUCAUUUCAGAGCAACCAGCAGUUCUCUUAUGCUUCCAACACCGGGAGAUCAUCUGCUGGGCGUCCCCCACACGCCUUGGUGACCUUCGGAUUUGGUGGAAAGCUCAUAGUAAUGAAAGAUGAUAGUUUAAAUUCUCUUGGAAAUUCAUCAUUUGGAAGUCAGGAACCUGUAGGAGGCUCAAUAACUGUCCUGAAUUUGAUGGAGGUUGUCACUGGAAAUACAAAUAAUGCUCAAAGUGUUGGAGGGAACACUUGUAAUUAUUUUCAUGCUCUCUGCCAACAAUCCUUUCCAGGUCCGCUGGUGGGAGGCAAUGUUGGAAGCAAAGAGUUAAAUAAGUGGAUUGACGAGAGAAUUGCUAAUUCUGAAUCCCUUGACAUGGACUAUAAAAAGGUUGAAAUAUUGAAGUUGCUUCUCUCCUUGCUUAAAAUAUCUUGCCAACAUUAUGGAAAACUUCGAUCUCCUUUUGGCACUGAUGCUUCUUUGAAGGAGAGUGAUUCCCCAGAAUCAGCAGUGGCAAAACUUUUUGCAUCUGCCAAGAGGAAUGGCAUACAAUUCAGUGAUUAUGGUGCUGUUAGCCACUGUUUGCAGAGGUUGCCAUCUGAAGAACAGAUUCGGGCAACUGCUUCCGAGGUACAGGAUCUUCUGGUUUCUGGUAGAAAGAAAGAGGCUUUACAGUGUGCCCAAGAGGGCCAGUUAUGGGGACCUGCGCUCGUGCUUGCAUCGCAGCUUGGGGAUCAGUUCUAUGUUGAUACUGUAAAGCAAAUGGCACUUCGCCAGCUUGUAGCAGGAUCACCUUUGCGGACAUUAUGCCUGCUAAUUGCAGGGCAACCAGCUGAUGUAUUUUCUGCUGAUGCCACGGCUGGCAGUGGUCUUCCUGGUGGAAUUUCUCAGCAGCCUGUCCAGUUUGGAGCAAAUGGCAUGCUUGAUGAUUGGGAAGAGAAUUUGGCUGUAAUAACUGCAAACAGGACCAAAGAUGAUGAGCUUGUGAUUGUUCAUCUUGGAGAUUGCCUAUGGAAGGAUAGAAGUGAGAUUACUGGUGCACACAUAUGCUAUUUAGUGGCAGAAGCAAACUUUGAGUCAUAUUCAGAUACUGCAAGAUUGUGUCUUAUUGGGGCAGAUCACUGGAAACAUCCUCGAACAUAUACUAGUCCAGAAGCUAUUCAGAGAACGGAAUUGUACGAAUACUCAAAGGUGCUUGGCAACUCCCAGUUUAUUCUGCUACCUUUUCAGCCGUAUAAGCUGAUAUAUGCAUACAUGCUGGCUGAAGUGGGCAAAGUUUCUGAUUCAUUGAAGUAUUGCCAGGCAAUAUUAAAAUCUCUAAAAACUGGUCGAGCUCCAGAGGUUGAAACAUGGAGACAAUUGGUGUUAUCCCUUGAGGAUAGGAUUAAAACCCAUCAACAGGGUGGAUAUACGGCAAAUUUGGCUCCGGCAAAGUUGGUUGGUAAAUUGCUUAAUUUUUUUGACAGUACAGCACAUCGUGUUGUUGGGGGUCUACCACCACCUGUACCAUCAACAUCACAAGGAAGCGUACAAAAUAAUGACCAUUAUCAACCGCCAAUGGCACCUAGGGUAUCAGCUAGUCAAUCAACUAUGGCCAUGUCAUCAUUAAUGCCAUCUGCUUCAAUGGAGCCCAUGAGUGAAUGGGCUGCUGAUGGGAGUAGAAUGUCAAUGCAUAACAGAAGUGUUUCUGAACCAGAUUUUGGUAGAACUCCAAGACAGGUUGAUUCAUCGAAGGAAGGAACCUCCUCUAGUGCACAAAGCAAACCAUCAGGUUCAGGUGGUGCAUCUCGCUUUGGUCGUUUUGGUUUUGGUUCACAGCUUUUGCAAAAGACAGUGGGGCUAGUCUUAAGGCCCCGCUCAGAUCGACAGGCUAAAUUGGGUGAAAAGAACAAAUUCUAUUAUGAUGAAAAGCUUAAGAGAUGGGUAGAGGAAGGUGUUGAACCCCCUGCAGAAGAAGCAGCCUUGGCACCACCCCCUACAACUUCAGCCUUCCAAAAUGGAAUGCCCGACUACAACUUGAAAUCUGCACUGAGUGAUGGAUCUCCGAAUAAUGGGAGCCCAACAUUUAACACUCCAACCUCUGUGGAACAACACUCUUCUGGGAUUCCACCUAUUCCGACCAGUUCUAAUCAAUUCUCAGCUCGUGGGCGGAUGGGUGUACGAGCAAGGUACGUGGACACCUUCAACCAAGGUGGUGGAAGCUCAGCCAAGUUAUUCCAGUCACCUUCUGUUCCAUCUGUCAAACCAGCUGUUACUGCAAAUGCAAAGUUUUUUGUUCCCACACCUGUGCCAUCAAGUGAAGUUUCAACAGAAACUAUAGCAGAAAAUGUGCAAGAAACCACAUUUGUUGAAAAUCCUUCUCCACCAACUGAAGAGACUUUCCAAUCUCCAGCAACUUUUUCAAAAAUGAAUAUGCAUAGGUUCCCAAGCAUGGAUAAUAUUACGAGGAAGGAGACAAGUAUAAAUGGCAAUGCCCCACUGUCAUCUAAUUCUCGACGAACCGCUUCAUGGAGUGGCUUCAGUGAUUCUUUUAGCCCUCCUAGAACUAUGGAAACCAAACCUCUGGGAGAGGCACUGGGCAUGCCUUCACCUUUCAUGCCUGGUAAUCCUUCUAUGGCACAUAUGCAACGGAGUGGUAGCAGCAUUGGAGAAGACCUUCAUGAGGUGGAACUUUAGCGGAGUAAUGAUGUAAAUAUGAGUUUUGUUCCUUGUGAUCUAUACGAUACUUGGGAUGAGCGAUAGCAUGCUGCAUCUCAAAAGCAACAGAAUGUUUUCACCAGCGACGGGGUUCAAAAAGAGGAAAGCAAAAAUGUUUUCACAGAAUUUCCCCGCCAUUUCCUUCUCCUCAUAAAUGUAAGUUGAAAUGUGGUUGGCACAUUAUAUACUUACUGUAAUCAAUUACAUGCCUAGGCUUUUACCUGAAUGUCAUAGGAGUUGCCACCAUCUAAUGCUUGAGGAGCUGAUUUUUGUUUUCUUUCCCCCCCCUUAAAACUAUAAAACAAAGAAAGCCUGCAAGGGCACCUGUUGUACAGUUGGUCAUUUGUUCAUUUGUUGAGGACAGGGAAAUUCUCUCGAGCAAGAUAGAAGCAAGCCCCUUAAAAUCUUGUUGAGUGACAAAAUAUUGUACUCAUUUGGAAAAAAUAAAACAUUUGUUUUGCUCCACUGUAUUCCUAUAAAUGCUUUAUGAAAGUUAAAUUAUUAGAAA